AGACACGCGUCAAAGACGCUGACGCUUUCCUUCCACUGCGCGAACUCCACGUGUGUUUGCCUCGGUGCGCGUGUGUGCAUAUUCGUACGCGCGCGAUCGCGCACCUCUCACCACGUGGCUCCGCCCCGAUGCCUGCGUGGCGUUCGUCACUUAACAUCGGCAGCUGCUGUCAGGGUUCAAAAGCGAGUGAAUCUUGAAGCACGGCUGCCACGGCGGCGUUCGGCCGCUCAAAUUCGUCGGCGAAUCAGCGUUGGCGAAGCGUGUGUGUCCUUGCGGUGGCUGCUAGGAGGUGAUUUUCCUGCAAGCAGUGCGCGAACGUUACGUGGUCGAGCGUAGCACGGCAGCUGUUUUUGUGCGGCCUAGUUGCGUUGGAAAAAGCGAGAAAGAAAAGAAUAUGCAGACACUCGCUGAGCUGCAGCUUUUGUGCGACUGUUUUGUUCGCCGUUGUGGCGGCAGACCUGCCUCCACCUGAUAGCACAGCCGGCGGCGAGGCGGCUGAGCUACGCAAGAAAUGGUCCGCGGUGCAAGUUGCCCGCGACUUGGGUCACAUUAGAAGGGACGUCGCAAAGAUGAUUGAGCUUGGAAACGCCGGUGUAAUGUCACAGGACGAGUUGUCAUUCUACUAUUUCAGGAUGCAUGACUUCGACAACAACAACCUUCUGGACGGUCAGGAGAUGAUGGCGGCCAUGUACCACACUAGCCACCAUGACGAAGGCGAACACGCGGAAGGCAAGAUGGAAAUAAUACCGGAGGCAGACAUCGCCAGCUACGUGGACUCUGCCCUUUUAGCUGACAAAAAUCUCGACGGCUACAUUUCGUAUCCGGAACUAAGGGCAAGCGACUUUGCCACGCAGCAUGCUUAAUUUUUUUUUGUUACAAAGAGGACACUACCAUGCGCCUAUUGCAUUUCCACAUACGUAUUUUAUUUAGAUAUUAUUUUUUGUUCGGCACAAAGUGCCUACUCAGUGCAUUUUCACAACCACUUUACUAAGUCUUUUUACUCACAAUAAAGUAUUUUGCCAUCUCUU